AUGGUCGAUUUCACCGGCAAAUAUUGUCUAGCUCCCAUGGUCCGCAGUGGAGAGCUCCCGACGCGGCUCAUGGCGCUUAAACACGGUGCUGAUCUCGUGUGGUCGCCUGAAAUCGUCGAUAAAAAGCUACGAAACUGUGCCAGAGUGGUUAAUAAGGAACUAGGAACCAUCGAUUACGUGGAAAGUCGACUUUUGAAGGUCUUGGAGGAGAAACCAGGCCAGCUGGUGCCGGUUGUGUUCCGUACAGAUAGAGCCAAAGAGGCUGGUCGUUUGAUACUCCAGAUCGGUUCUGCGGAUCCAGAAAUUGCCGUGGAGGCUGCUGAGAAGGUUAUUCAGGAUGUGGACGGCGUGGAUUUGAACUGUGGAUGUCCCAAACCGUUUUCUACCCAUUCUGGAAUGGGUGCUGCUUUGCUCAGUACGCCUGAGUUGUUGACUCUGAUUCUUUCUAAUCUCGUGGAAAAGGUGGGUAAACCAAACGAUAAGCCUAUCAGUGCAAAGAUCCGGCUUUUGGACCAGAACGACCCGGCGCCAACGUUGGAGUUGGUGGAGAAGAUCUGUAAAACAGGUAUUUCCAAUUUGACAGUUCAUUGUCGUACAAGAAGCAUGCGUAACAGGGAUACGCCGAUUCGAGACUUUGUAAAGCAGAUUUACGAGGUGGUGCUGAAAUUUGGCGUCACUUUGGUCAUAAACGGUGGGUUUCAGUGCAGAAAAGAAAUCGAGAAUUUCCAAAAGAGCAUUGAUAACUUUAAUGUGGGUGGAAUGAUUGCAGAGGCUGCUGAAUCGAAUCCUACAGUGUUUGCUCCGGUUCCAUUGCCUUGGAAAGCUGUAACUACUGAGUUUUUGGACAUUUGCAUGGAGUAUAAUAACUUCCCCAGUAACACAAAGUAUAUUUUGUUGAACCAGAUUCCUGGCAAGUCGCCAGUGUACAAGGAUAUUUGCAAAGUCAAGACGAACGAGGAUUUCCUUAAAGCCAUUCAAAAUACCCCAGAGAAGGGAGACUUGGUGUUUGUCAGAACCAUGCAGAAAGCAGUGGCCAUGGACUCAGAGAGCUUUAUGAGCCAGUUUGAGACGAAGCGUAAAGUGAGUCCUGAGCCUGAGAUUGUUGAAAAGAGAGCCAAGAUCGAAGCCGUCGCUGGUUAA